CUCGCCCAGCCCGCCUCUGCGCAGGCGCCAGGCUCCGCCCCUCUCGCCCAGUCCGGCUCCCUGCGUGUCCGCGGUCAUGGUCAAUCUCGGCCUCUCCCGGGUGGACGACGGCGUGGCCGCCAAACACCCGGCACCGGCGCGACCUUCGGCCUGCAGAGCCUCCUCCCGAGGAAGCUCCUGCCCCCCUUCCGUUGGCGAGUGCUGGUGGCCGUGGGUCGGCGCGGCUAGGGGAGCCGCAGCGCGUUCAGGAGACCUGGGACCAGGAUUCCCACACAGCCCCCAGAGCCCGCCACCACCCCAGGGGUGCCUCCCGUGUCCCCAGUAUGGUGUGCAAGCUCCGAGCCUGGUCCCACGAGGUCGGGGACGGUGGGCUUCCUACAGGCAGCCAAGACACGAGUUCCGGAGCUGAGAGGGCUUGGCUGCUGCCCACGUGCGUGUGCAGGGUGGCCACACCCCCGCUGGCUCUGGUGCCUGGACACUGCAUGCAGGCCUCCCUGUGACCUGCCACUGGGUGGUGAUUCUAAUAAACACUAGUCAAAAGCCAAGGCAGGCGGGAAGAUUCCUGACGAACGUCUCCUGCCGUCCUGUAGGAGGGACUGGAGGACAGGCCCAGGGGUUCUAGGCUCCACCCCAGGACAGGAGGUUCCCGUGCCUCAGGCUGCUCCGCAGCUUGGUGACGGACAUCUGCAGCGUGGACAUAGGCUCCCAGGAGGGGGGACAGGGCCGACACCCCUUGCCCAGCACCCCAAAAGCAACUGUCUGCCAGAUCGAGUCACUUCACCCCCUCCAGGUGAGGGGACGGAAGGCGGUUCACAGGAAAGCAGGGCCCAGCCACCACCCUGCGGCAGGGGCGGCCAGGGCACAGGCCCACUGCCCCUGCCCUCCUGGCCUUCAGGGCGCUCAUGGAGCAGCUGUGAGCACAGCACAGCAUCCUCCUUGGAUGCCCAUUCAGGCCCGGGCUCCACUGAGGCUUCCCGUGCCCGGGGCUGCGCCAGCUCCAGAAGCAGGACAAGGGAGGAGGGCGGGCCCUCACCACCCACUUCUGCCCCUUGGGACAGUCCUGUGUGUCAUGAAGAGCAAAGCAACUGGCAUGUAGAGGAGACUGGCUGGCGCCUCUCUGGCCUGGCAGAAGGUCGGAGGAGGGGGAUCAGCCCCUGCGGGACAGCAGAAAGGGCCCUGGACAUUGCCAGUGGGACUGUUCCCUUUUGAGGGAGUCACACCCGGGGUUGCUCAGGGCUUGAACUUGGGUUUGCUGUGUGAACAUCCCCUCCCCACUGUACAAUCGCUCUGGGCCACCUCCCUUGAAAAGCAGAGCGAGAGGCAGGAGUGAUAGUACUGCGGGUAGGCUGUUUGCCUUGCACGCGGCCAGCCCGGGUUCAACCCCUGGCAUCCCAUCUGGUCCCCCAGGCACCGCUAGGAGUAACCUGUGAGCAUCGCAGGGUGACACCCAAAAAAGCCAAAAAUAGAGUGUAAAGGGUCAUAGAGGAAAGUGAGUGGUGGCCACGUUAGGGCCGAGUUCUGUCCGCCCUGGGCCCUGAGCACAUGACCAUUCAGAGGUGGGGCUGGGCUUAAGGGCGGGUGACAGGAGGAGGAGGAGCGCCGCGCCAGCACAGCUGCGUGAAUAAAGCCACAGUUGGAGCUGCUGUUUGGGACGGGGCGCACGGCGGGGUGGGGCGGGGCGGGGCGGGGGGUGGGGGGUUCCAGCGUCCCCCCGGUGCUCAGAACCCCGGGCCCACAAAGGCCAGCGUUCCACAGACCAUCUGUUCUCUGGGGCCAGUCGUGGCGGUGGGGGUCCCGCGGAGGGCCCCGAGUGCCCAUGGAGGUGAACAAGCUCUCCAGCACGGAGGAGCAGAUCCAGGAGCUGAGAACCAUCACGCGGCUCCAGGAGCAAUGCCGGGCGCUGCAGCUGCAGUCGGUGAAGGAGAGCACGGAGCGGAACCUGUCCACGCUGGCCGCCCUGCACGGGGAUGUCCGCCGCCAGGCCCUCGAGUGGGCCCUGACCCAGAAAUCGGACCAGCGGAUCGUCGCCAAGGCCUGCGGGAGGAACGUGCCGCUGAAGCUGGCGCUGUCGCACAGCACGGUGGAGGCGGUGCGGGAGAAGCUCGGCAAGCACGUCCUGGAGCGCGUGAACGCGCACAACGCGCUGCUGCACCUGGCGCGCCGGCGCGCGCGCACGCUGGAGCGGCUGCGGCGGGAGCUGGCGCGCGCGCGCGGCCGCGGGCCCGGCUCCAGGGAGGCGCAGCGGCAGCGGCAGGUCAUCCGCCAGCUGGAGAACAGCAUCGAGAAGAAGCUGACGCUGAUCGCGGCCACGCGGCACGUCCGCCUGCUCUACGAGCGCCUGCGCGAGCACCUGCGGCGGAUGCUGUGCGGGUACCCCACGCUGCUGGACAGGCUGCAGAGGAACGUGACCGACUAUUGCCUGGAGCUGACAGACAUGACGGCCAUGUCCCAAGAGGCCAUAAAGAUCACAGAGGGGGUGAAGAGGAACAUGAAGAAGAUGGAGACAACGUUCAUGGCGGAGCGCAGGGCCCGGGAGCAGCGCCUCAGCCAGCAGAAGAGGCUCAACGACAGGCUCCGUGCCAAGGACGUGAGCGACAAGCUCCGCCGCCAGGACAGACACUUCGCCUCCAGCCUGCUGAGCGGCAGCAGCCUGCGGGGUGAGUGGGCCCCGCCGCCCCGGCCCUCCCGCCCCGGGCCAGGUGCCCGAGCCCCGCACGCUGCCCGUGCUCCCUCUGCCCUGCCAGUGAGGAGCAGAGAGCCCAGCAUGGUGGACGACCAGGACCAGAGCUCCGUGAGGAAGCUGGUGGAGCAGGUCAAGAGCUCCGUGCAGUGCUCACACCUCUGGGACAUCACCGGCCGCUUCCAGGCGCAGAAGAGCACGGAGGAGAGCCUGGAGGAGCAGAUGAGGGAGUGCGCCGAGCGGCAGGCGCAGCUGCAGGCCCUGGAGCAGCAGCUGGAGCUGGAGGAGCUGGCGCUGAAGUUCCGCCAAGGCCCCUCCUUGGUCAGCUCCAAGUCCGCGGAGGGGAGGGUCCAGGUGAAGCUGAGAGAGGAGCAGGAGCGGCUGCGACUGGCCCACGCCAGCAUGGUCAAGCGCCAGCAGCUGCUGCUGACCGUGGAGAUGGGUGUCAACAACCUCUACUUCCGGCUGAUCGGCGCCACGCCGCCUGAAGCCCAGAAAGCAGGGCUGCCCCCGAAGCCGCUGGGCAUGUUCGACAAGCUGGCGUACUGCGAGGAGAGGCUCGUGCAGCUGGCCGACCGGACACAGAUGCUGACCAAGACGGAGGAGAUCAGUGCCAAGGUGAGGGAUGCCCUGGAGUCCUCCACGCUGAAGGAGAGACUCAACUACAGGAUUCGCUUCAAGGAGCUGGAGGACGAGGAAGACAUGAUAGAGACCUUAUUCAGCGAGGCGGACCAGAGCUACGUGCCCUCGCGGGCCGAGAUCAAGAACCAAGCGCAGGAGCUGAUAAGCGGCAGGCUCCGGGGGGCCAAAAAGAGGAGGUGACCUCCCCGCCCCCGCCCCCAAAUAAACGUUUUCCCAG